GGACUCUCAGGGGACGCCACCGCCAGUCAUCUGCUCCGCGGCAGCGCAGCCUCAGCGUCGCUGAGGUAGUUGCGGCUUGUGCCGGCUACGGAGGCCGGCAGGGGGCGGCGGCGGAGGCCGUUACUUAGGGUCCAGAGGCGGGGCCGCGGGUUCCAGGCGCUGUAAGCCGGCGGGCCACGACUGGGCCGUGACGAGGUGCGGGCCGAGGCCAUGGGCGACCGCGGAGGCGCGGGCGGCUCUCGGCGUCGGAGGAAUGGCUCGCGGGUCUCCGUCCAGAGUGGUGGCGGGCCCGUGGCAGCCGAAGAGGAGGUGCGAGACGCGGCUGCGGGCCCCGACUUGGGAGCCGAGGGUGACGCGCCAGCUCGGGCUCCAGCUCCAACCCCGACCCCGGACAAAGACAGACACACCAACGUGGGCGACGGCCACUGGGAGCUGAGGUGCCACCGUCUACAAGAGUCUUUGUUCAGCUCAGACAGUGGUUUCAACAAUUAUCGUGGCAUCCUGAAUUGGUGUGUGGUGAUGCUGAUCCUGAGUAAUGCCAGGUUAUUUUUAGAGAACCUCAUCAAGUAUGGCAUCCUGGUAGAUCCCAUCCAGGUGGUGUCUCUGUUUCUGAAGGACCCCUACAGCUGGCCUGCCCCAUGCCUGAUUAUUGCAUCCAACAUCUUUCCUGUGGCUGCAUUUCAGAUUGAGAAGCGCCUGGCAGUGGGUGCCCUGACAGAGCAGAUGGGGCUGCUGCUACAUGUGGUUAACCUGGCUACCAUCAUCUGCUUCCCAGCAGCUGUGGCCUUACUGGUUGAGUCCAUCACUCCAGUGGGUUCUUUGUUUGCCCUGGCAUCAUACUCCAUCAUCUUCCUCAAGCUCUUUUCCUACCGGGAUGUCAACCUGUGGUGCCGCCAGAGAAGGGUCAAGACUGAAGCUGUUUCUGCAGGGAAGAAAAUCAGUGGGGCUGCUGCUCAGCAAACUGUGAACUACCCAGACAACCUGAACUACCGAGAUCUCUACUACUUCAUUUUUGCUCCUACCUUGUGUUAUGAACUCAACUUUCCUCGGUCCCCUCGAAUACGAAAACGCUUUCUGCUACGACGGGUUCUUGAGAUGCUCUUUUUCAUCCAGCUUCAAGUGGGGCUGAUCCAGCAGUGGAUGGUCCCUACUAUCCAGAACUCCAUGAAACCCUUCAAGGAUAUGGACUAUUCACGUAUCAUCGAGCGGCUCUUGAAGCUGGCGGUUCCCAACCAUCUGAUCUGGCUCAUCUUCUUCUACUGGCUUUUUCAUUCCUGCCUGAAUGCUGUGGCAGAGCUCAUGCAGUUUGGAGACCGCGAGUUCUACCGGGACUGGUGGAAUGCUGAGUCUGUCACCUACUUUUGGCAGAACUGGAAUAUCCCUGUGCAUAAGUGGUGCAGCAGACACUUCUACAAGCCUUUGCUCCGACUAGGCAGCAACAGAUGGUUGGCCAGGACAGGGGUGUUUUUGGCCUCAGCCUUUUUUCAUGAGUACCUAGUGAGCAUUCCCCUGCGUAUGUUUCGUCUCUGGGCAUUCACAGCUAUGAUGGCUCAGGUCCCACUGGCCUUGUUUGUGGGCCGCUUCUUCCAAGGAAACUAUGGCAAUGCAGUUGUGUGGCUGACACUUAUCAUUGGGCAGCCAGUGGCUGUGCUCAUGUAUGUUCACGACUACUACGUGCUCAACUAUGAUGCUCCAGUGGGGGCCUGAGAUACUGCCAAAGGCCGGCCCUCCCUAACCUGGGCCAGGAGUUCCGGAGGGGUUCCUGGCUGCCUGCACACUCCUCCUAGUCUGGGAGGCCUCUCUGCCCCUAUGGGGCCCACUCCUGCUCUUGGGGAUGGCACCCAAGUCCAGCUGGUAUAAACCAGUGCUGGGAGUUUGUACUGAUCAGGGGCCGAGGGCAUCAAUAAAGUGCCGUCUAAAAACCUU